CCGAAACACAGUCUGCUCAUGUUCCGCGGGAAAAUUUUUGAGUGGGGUUUUGGUACCCCAAAAUCCUACAGAAUGGAUCGGAACCCAGCUCAAUGUUCAAUCUCAUGGGAGUUUGAUAGUAAGGGAAUGAGCAAGUGUCGUUUGGAUCAAAUAGAGCUAUGGACUCAAAAUUAUCCAAAUCUACACGGCGGUUACCAAGUGACAACAAACAAUUGUCAUUACUUUGUCAACAGAUUGAUGGAACACUUGAAAACCAACUGUGUAACUGUUUAA